ACCGCCGCGCGAGGCCGCGCCGGGCUCACCUUGCCCUUGUAGGUGGGCACGUUGCAGAGGAUGUCGGUGCGCAGCGCCUCCUCGGCCAGGCAGCGCGCGGCCAGGCUGCGCCACACCUCGCUGUUCUCGUCGCCGUGCAGGACGUGGUGCCACAGCUUGCACACCAGCGCGCAGCUCCGCAGCUCGCGCAGCUCCAGGUAGGAGAACACCAGCUCCAGCACCCGCCCCGGCAGCCGCCACCCCGCUCCCCCCGCCGCCCCGCCGCCGGGCCCCGCCGCCAUCGCCCCCCGCGCGGGGGGAGGCGGGGGAGAGGCGCUGCGGGAAGCGGCGCGGAGCCGGGAGCCGAGCGGCCUUCCCUCAGCGGGCGGUGGCGGCGGCGGCGGCGGGCCCGGGCCCAGCGCUCCGCCCGCCCGCCCGAGGCCUCAAGGCGAGGGGGCGCGCGCCGCCAUCGCCGCCCGCCCCGAGCCGCCCGCCGCGCAUGCGCGGAGUCGGCGUCCCCGCCGAGAGGAGCGGCCCCGCGCCGACGGCCAUGGCGGUCAGGUGGGAGGGCGGCCACUCCGCCUCCGUGCUGUGCCUCGCCGCCGGCCGCGAGGGGCUCGUGGCCUCGGGGGCCGAGCGCGGCGAGUUGGCGCUGUGGGGGCGGGAGGGCGUCCCCGCGGGGCGGCUGCGGCUGUCCCCCGCCGAGGACGACGUGGCGGCGCUGGCGUUCUCCCCGCGCCUCCCGCACCGCCUGUACGCCGCGCACGGGGCGGCCGUGGCGCUGCUGGACGUGCGGGCGCUGCGGGAGCCCGUGGAGCGCCUCCGCUUCAACGAGGAGGAGAUCGGCUGCCUGGCGCUCAGCGACGCCGGGGCCCUGCUGGCCGCGGCCGACGACUCCGGGGCCGUCAAGGUCGUGGAUCUGGAGAGCAAGAAAGUCGUCCGCUCGCUGAGGCACGCCAACAUCUGCUCCUCCGUCGCCUUUCGGCCGCAGAGGCCGCAGAGCCUCGUCUCGUGCGGCCUGGACAUGCAGGUUAUGCUGUGGAACCUGCAGAAAGCUCGCCCCCUAUGGACCACAAACUUGCAGGAGUGUGGAACAGAGGAAGACAGCCUGCAGUCAGCCGGCCAGCUCUUUAACCCCCCACUUGCACAUUCCCUGUCUGUCGCAUCGUGUGGCAACGUCUUUGGCUGCGGAGCUCAAGAUGGUAAAGUCAGAAUAUUCCGAGUCACUGGUCUCAAAUUUGAACGUGAGCUGGAGUUCAGAGGUCAUAGUUUGGGAGUAUCACAAGUCCUCUUCAUGCCAGAAUCAUACUGCUUGUUGACUGGGGGAAACGAUGGGAAAGUCUUGCUCUGGGAUGUCAGCAAUGACAUUGGAAAGCAGCAGAAAAGCCCAGCAAAGUCACUCCAUAAAAGGAAGGGCCAAGCAGCUGCCACCGCCAGAAAAGAUGGAAAGCUCAACAAAGUGGCUUCAAAUGAACAUGCUAGAAUUUUACCAAAGCUAACCAUUGAGCAUGGAGAGAAGGUGAACUGGAUCACGUGCGCAGAGAUCAAAGGCUCCAGGAGAGUAUUAGUUGCUGAUCAGAGUAGUUCUAUAUCUGUUUAUCCGUUGCCAGAGUCUUAGGCACUGAAACAGAAAUUUGUGGGGAAGAAUCAUUUCUCUGCAUUCAGAAUAUGAUUCCAAUUAAAUCCAUUGACGGUGAACUGAAUAGUGAGGCCCCCUGUAUUCUCAGGAACGGCCAGGGAUUCGCUGUGCUCUCACACAGAUGCUCACACUGUCAUUGGCCUGGUGUUACAUUUCCAGCAUCCGGUAGUGCUCACUGCAGCUGUUUCUUGUAGGCUGGCAAUUAGGUCAUAACUGUCCUGACAUAACUGAAGCUGCAGGAAUAAAUUUAACAGGGAAAUCCACUAUGCUAAAUGAGGAUGCUGACCAGUAACAGAGACGUAAUUGAGUUUCUUCUGUUUCAAACAAUUUCAGUGCUUUAUUUUACUUCCCCUGUUAAAUUGUGCCACAGUUAGCUUGAGCUGGAUCUCUUGGAAAUAUGGUUUUCAUUAUUUUGCAUAUAGGACUAGAGAAGCCUUAACUUACUAGCAAAUAAUCAAAUGAGUAGUCAUUCUUAACUGGAAGAAGAUGGGGAAAAUGUUGGCAUCUGUCUAAUGGGUCAGCUGUCGUCUGCAUUUAGUUGUUUUUCCCAGAGAGGAAAAGUUACUAUUACAUUUGUCUUAAUAAAUGCUUUCUCUCACUGCU